UAAGAACUUAAAUCAACCCUAAAUGUAUUGGCUAUACUAUAAUCACAAAAAAAGGGCAGCUGUUUCUUCAACAAGACCACAAAAUGGGCAAGUUUCAUCAUUAUCAAGAUACUUGCAGAUAGAUGAAUUAAACCUGUCACUCAUCUUUUAAGUUGUUGCGCUUGUUAUAACGUCGUAGGUCACAUGAUAACGUCAACAUAGCGGAUGAUAUCCGAAUCGCAUUCAUACUGUGCUUCAGGCUGUACACUCUCAUAGCGCUCGGUAAGUAAGUACUUAAAGAAAUUAAGUGCCUAUAACUUAGAAAGUAUGCGGUUUCGAACGCAGCCCGACAACAUCUCGUUUUGACAUCUCGCGUGGUUCUGUGUGAUUUGGACAACUUCAAGUUACGCCCCCUUGUUCAAGUUACGCCCCUCUCUUGCAGUCCGCAGACAGACCCUUCUCGUAAAUACAGGAGGCAUAUAUCACUACUUUGCGGGUUUGAUAUACAGUUUGCAGUCAAAAAAAUAAAUAAAAAUACAGGUUGCAGUCCUGAAACAGACUGCAUCAUUGGGAUUUUAACUAUGGUCUUAACGUGAUACUUACUCCAAAAACAAAAAAAACACGAAAAGUAAAAUGACAAAGGGGUGUGACGUCACUAACGACGCAAGCAGCGCACGAACGUCUAUCGUGUUCAGUUUCCGAGCAGUUGUGUGUCAGGAUGAGCACAUCGAUGGCCUGUAAGAGUCAACAUGCAGCAGAUGUCUAUGAGCCUGUGGGCCAAAGCUCAGAGCUCAGCCUGGUGGCGAUGACGGAGGUAGAGUACUUGCAGCACAUUAUUCAGAGCCACAUUGAUGCUCAGGUGACCGAGACGGACAGCUCGGGCCUUUCACAGCUUGAAGAAAGCUUGUAUGACGAGCCAGAGAGGCGUCUGGCCUGCUCGCCUCAGAGCCUCUUAGUGUGCAGGCCGGAGGGGCCAUCAGCGGGGCCGGUGGACCUGCAGGACAUCAAGAUGCUGUUGCUGAGCGAGUCGAACACCACGCCUGCCAGCAGCGCCGAGGUGCCAGGCUCAGUGCUGAGCAGAGUCCAGUGUGUCGUCGAAGAGAGGGCCGAUGAACGGCCCCUGGAGGGGAGACCCAGCCCAGCUGCGCGUGUCUGCCUGGAGAAGAGAUUUUUAUCAGUGCUUUGUCAUUCUACAAACACUUCAGGGAUAGCCACACAUGCACAAACAGAGAAAUGGAGUAAACCAGACAAGAUGGUGAAAAUACAGGGCACGCAUCCAUACGAAGGACGUCUGUUCAAAUCGGGUGUGCAGUCUGAGCUGAUCAUUCCUACAGAGCUGACUGUGAGUUUCAGAGCAGAUAAAGGCCCCGAGGCUGUGAUGAGAGCUCCGCUUGUCAUUUACACGGACACUGCUGACCAGCAAACUGCAGACACACUGAAGAAUGAGGCGGUGGAUAAAGCUGCGCACCCCAUCAAGCGUGUCCGCACAAGGCCUCUCAGCUCAUCUCAUAUCAUGCAGGACUCGGAGAACUGGAAGCCGUACGCCGGUAUGUGCGGGACUAAACGUUGCAGGACAAGACCUCUCAUGGACCGAACUCAGCGCAAAGAAGUACACAACAGAAAGGAGCGCGAUCGCAGGAGAAGGAUCCGUCUGUGCUGUGACGAGUUAAACCUGCUGGUGCCGUUCUGUUACGCUGACACCGAUAAAGCCACCACACUGCAGUGGACCACGGCCUUCCUCAAAUACAUCCAGGAAAUACACGGAGACCGACUCAAGCAGGAUUUCCAGAGCACUUUCUGUGGCAAGACUGGACUGCGGUUGAAGCCUAGCUGUGUUUCAGUGGCACAUCUCCUCGAACCCUAUAAAAACACGACAGAGCCUGUGGACUCAUCCUCGCACAGCUGACUUCCUGUUCUCUGCUGCAGCGUUGUGAAUGUGUGCCUGUAGUUUGACAUGAAUGUUUUCCGCGUGGGUUUAUUGCAUGAUGCUAGUUCCUCUCUUCCACUAGCCCGUGUCCAGAAGACCCUGAGCGUUUGUUGUCUUAGACCAGCUCGAGUGUAGACCGAGGCUCAACCCACUGUUCAUUUUAUUUCAAACCGUCACGUCUGCAGAGCAAACCCUACUGUAAUAUAGUUCAC